AGCACUCGUCCACUUGAAGGGAAGUUGGGUUUCCUUAAGGGUCCGUCGAAGCACAUUCUGAUCUUGACCUUAAGGUGAGGAGAAUCCAGCAGUCAUGUCGGACGCCGUGAUUAGUUUCAUGAAGGAUUUCUUGGCGGGUGGUGUCGCCGCAGCCAUCUCCAAGACCGCCGUUGCUCCUAUCGAGAGAGUAAAACUUCUGCUGCAGGUCCAACAUGCCAGCAAACAGAUCACAGCUGAGAUGCAGUACAAGGGCAUCAUGGACUGUAUUGUCAGAAUCCCCAAAGAGCAGGGCUUCAUUUCCUUCUGGAGAGGCAACCUGGCCAAUGUCAUCCGGUACUUCCCCACCCAGGCCCUCAACUUUGCCUUCAAGGACAAAUACAAGAAGGUCUUCCUUGGUGGUGUAGAUCAGAAGACACAGUUUUGGCGCUGGUUCGCUGGUAACCUUGCAUCUGGAGGCGCAGCUGGUGCCACCUCCCUUUGCUUCGUCUACCCACUUGACUUCGCCAGAACCAGGCUUGCUGCCGACAUCGGCAAAGGCAAUGCUGAGAGAGAGUUCUCCGGUUUGGGAAACUGCCUUAGCAGGAUUUAUAAGUCUGAUGGUCUCAAAGGUCUCUACCAGGGGUUCAAUGUGUCGGUACAGGGCAUCAUCAUCUACAGAGCAGCCUACUUCGGUUGCUUUGACACAGCUAAAGGUAUGCUGCCAGACCCCAAGAACACACACAUCAUCAUCACCUGGAUGAUUGCCCAGACUGUCACCGCGGCUGCUGGUAUCAUUUCUUAUCCCUUCGACACAGUCAGACGUCGUAUGAUGAUGCAGUCCGGACGUAAAGGAGCUGAUAUCAUGUACAAGGGCACAAUUGACUGUUGGAAAAAGAUCGCCAAGGAUGAGGGUACCGGAGCCUUCUUCAAGGGAGCGUGGUCCAACGUGAUCAGAGGCGCGGGCGGCGCUUUCGUGUUGGUCCUGUACGACGAGAUCAAGAAAGUCGUAUAAACAUUCUAAGAACCCGCGGACCCUUGUAAUGCCACCUAUGUCUAACGUAUAUGAUACAGUGACUCCAACCGGGUAUGGUUGUGGGGUAGAUGUGUAUUUUGUUGAGCCAGCCAAAGGUUCUUCAGGUCACACUGGCGUGGCUAUGAUUGUGUCAUGUCUCCCCUGAAACCUCCAUGUAUAUAUCCUACCUGCCAGCCAACUGUAAAAAGCACCGCUAAUCUUUUAGAAUAGGAUGCAACAAGUCCUGACUGGAAGCUGAAUUAAUCUAUUUCCCCAAUUAGCUGCAAAUCUAUGCCAAAAUGAAGGAUUUCCUGAAUUCUUCUUGGUUGUUCUUUUGUCCCAUAAACAAUAUUUCUUUCAAGGAAUGAGAUCCUGUAUUGAACGUCUAGCAUUUUUUGUGGUGUAUUCCACCUGAUAAAUGUUCUUUUAAUAAGAAUAAACCUCAAAAAUACGUCUUA